CGACAUAUCUCUCACUAAGCUCACUAGAACCGCGCAUCUCGACCGUCAAAGUCGAGUGACACAAAUCGACCCGCGUCCUGAUCUCGCUGCCUCCAUUUAACCAAAUACACCGACGUUUUCUCCGAUUUUACAAUCGUACCCCUCUCAGCUCUAGAGCAACAAGUGAGCAACUGCGAGCGCGCCCACAGAUGUUGUUUGUUUUCUGAGUUACUCGCAGAGUUUCCUUGACGCGCUGUUUGGUUCCCGUUCUGUAUUAACUCACAGAGUUUCCUUGACGGGAUGGGGAGCUCUGAGAAUUUGCAGAUGAAAAUCGUUAAUGGAGACGCUGGUUACGUGCUCCAAGAUGUCCCUCACCUCACCGAUUACAUCCCAGAUCUUCCUACUUAUCCGAAUCCGUUGCAAGUCAAUCCUGCUUACUCGGUGGUUAAGCAGUAUUUUGUUAAUUUGGAUGACACCGUUGCUGAGAAGGUUGUUGUUCACAAGACUAGCCCAAGAGGGAUACACUUUCGGCGUGCAGGCCCUCGCCAAAAGGUCUAUUUUGAAUCAGAAGAAGUGCAUGCGUGUAUUGUCACAUGCGGUGGUCUUUGCCCCGGACUCAACACUGUGAUCAGGGAAAUUGUUUGUGGUCUUUAUCACAUGUACGGUGUUACUAGAAUCCUCGGGAUCGAUGGAGGAUACAGGGGCUUCUAUGCUCGAAAUACCAUUACUUUAACACCCAAGGUUGUCGAUGAUAUCCAUAAACGCGGUGGUACCAUCCUUGGGACAUCGCGAGGGGGCCAUGAUACCUCGAAGAUAGUUGACAGCAUUCAGGAUCGUGGAAUUAAUCAGGUUUAUAUAAUUGGAGGAGAUGGAACUCAAAAAGGAGCAGCUGUCAUUUACGAGGAAAUUAGACGCCGUGGACUCAAAGUUGCAGUGGCUGGAAUUCCAAAAACCAUAGAUAAUGACAUACCGGUUAUUGACAGGUCCUUUGGUUUUGAUACCGCGGUUGAGGAAGCCCAACGUGCCAUUAAUGCAGCCCAUGUUGAAGCUGGAAGUAUUGAGAAUGGUAUUGGUGUUGUAAAACUAAUGGGACGCUACAGUGGUUUCAUUGCUCAGUAUGCUACUCUUGCCAGCCGUGAUGUGGACUGUUGCUUGAUUCCUGAGUCUCCCUUCUAUCUUGAAGGAAAGAAUGGUCUUUUUGAAUAUAUCGAAAAACGGCUUAAAGAAAAUGGGCAUAUGGUUAUUGUGAUGGCAGAGGGAGCAGGACAGGAUCUUCUUUCAGAGAGCCUGCAAUCCAUGAACUUGGAAGAUGCUUCCGGGAACAAGCUACUCCAAGAUGUUGGGCUAUGGAUAUCUCAGAGGAUCAAGGAUCAUUUUGGAAGACAGCGUAAGAUGGUCAUUAAUCUUAAAUAUAUAGAUCCUACAUACAUGAUCCGGGCAAUUCCAGGCAAUGCUUCUGACAAUGUCUACUGCACUCUUCUUGCUCAAAGUGCAGUUCAUGGAGCAAUGGCUGGAUAUACAGGCUUCACGGUUGGGCCUGUCAAUGGCAGACAUGCUUAUAUUCCUUUCACGCGUGUCAAUGAGAAGCAAAACAAGGUUGUGAUUACCGACAGGAUGUGGGCAAGACUCCUCGCUUCGACCAACCAGCCAAGCUUUCUGCACCCAAAACAUGUUACUGAAGUCAAUGAAGAGGAAGUACCGCAAACCCAAUUGUUGGACGGGUAGAAUAAUUGUUAGGGUCCCAAGUCACUGACUAAAAGCAUUCCUAGUUUGUCAUAAACGGAGCACCGGACUCCUUUCUGUUAUAACCUGGAGCUACUUUUAGUUUGUGAGGUUAUGUGCUUGUUGUAUAAGAAAAAUCUCAUUUCAAUUUGCUUUGGGAAGAUCCAAAAUGGUUUAUACAUAUGUUCCAAUCUGCUUCCUUGAAGUGCGUGGACGGAAAUUGGUGUUUCCUGUAAUGCUAUUGCCCCAAUGCUCUCUGUAAAAUAAAUUUUUGUAGUGCCAAGCUGUAUUGUUUUUGCUUCC